CCAACAAAAGCGGCAGCUAUAAAAAAACCACCCGCGGGCGUGGUCCGGCGGAUGUUGACUCCUGGGCUGGCCUCUCCUGGGGCUCUUUGGCCUCAUGAACAGUCGGAUCACGCGCCUCUCCCGUACUCUCCUCCCCCCGUGCGCUCCGCUUCGUCGUGUCCGUCCGGCCCGCCCGAUGGGACAGCGGCGCACUUCGGGCCGUCCGCCGUGGGCAGCUGCCGGCCGUACACGCUGUGCUAACGUUGCCUAGCUAAAUUGGUAGUGAGCAUCAGGUUCUUCAAUUUGGCAAGGAACGAUUGGCUCAAUUUGACGCAUUGAUCGUAACGAAUCCGUGUAAGCGCGGUAAUGCUGACUCUAAUUGAUUCGUUGCCACUAGCCAAAUAAUGUGUGACCGGAAACUUGUGUGGGUUUUUUUUUUUUAGAAACAGGAGAGGGCAGGGGCCGAAAAGGAAGCACGUGUGUUGCCGGCCAAUUGAAAUGAAUGGACCGGGAUGCAAACUGCCCCGUUUUAGUGUCGCAUCGAUCGAUCCGCUUCCCUUCCCUUCCCGUCCCGUCCCGUCCCGUCCCGACUGCGCCCGUGCCGCCGUGCGCAAUGUUCCUGCGGCGGCUCAGAACUUCCGCCGCCCUCCGCCGCGGCGCGACCGACGGCGGUGUCCUGGCCGCCCUCCGGACCGAGCUCGCCGGCGAGUUUUCCUUCUCCGGCGUUCCCCUUCCCCCUCCCUUCCAUUGCCAGGACGCACCUGACUUCGUCACCGUAUCGGACGCCCCGCUUGCUGAGGACUUGCUCCUGCGCCGCCGGACCCACUCCGAGGAGGUCCUAGUGUCGGCGCUGCUCGCGCCGCUGAUGUUUGAAGGCCAGGAACCCCUGCCCAGGGACUUGCUCAUGAAGGUGUUCGUCAGUAAGCCUGGUGCGACGCCGGUUCUGCACUUCGACUGCCGUGGGUUGUGGGCUGAGGGGAAAGCCCGCGGUUUUGACUAUGCUAUUAACGCUGUCCGGUACCACUCGUCUCCUGGCGACGGUCGAGAAGACAAGUAUGAAGGGCCGGAGUUCAGAGAUUUGGAUCCUCAACUAAAGGCUGCAUUGAAAGAAUAUCUGGUAGCAAGAGGCGUCGACUCCAAACUGGCAAGCUCAAUUCUGCUACACUUGUAUCAGAAGGAGCAAGCCCAGUAUUUGAAGUGGCUGAAGACUAUGGAAGAGACAUUCACCAAAGAUCAUUGAUCCAAUCAUCCCUCUACCACUAUCAUUCUUCUCUCGCUGAGUUAAACGUGUAAUACGUUUAUCUUGGUGUGCCAAUGCUGGAACAGGUGCCUGUUCUAUUGGUUCAUUUGUAUAAUCUCAUGUAUGUGACACAAGUUAAUAACCAGAUCAGAGGUCCACACUAAUUCUCAA